AUGAAAACAAUGGCAACAAGAAAAAGGUGUAAACUUUCCAGAACAAGCCCAGAGUUUGAAAAUGUGAUAAAGAGGUUAUUGUGUGUCCAAACUUUUCACACAAGAAUUGGAGGAGAUUUAACACCAGGAAUAAUAAACAGAGGAAGACCAGCUAAUGCAGAGCAGAUGGGCCUGCAAGGCAAUGCUAAGUAUUUCAACAUCUUUCCCCUCGACCUUUGGACUCAAGCGGACUGAAUGCUAGUUUCUUUAGUUGAAAAUAAAGUUAAUGCAAUUGGGGAAUCCAUAAAUAGAGCUGGCUUGAUUUCUGGGAUAGUUAGUGGACUAAAGUUUUUAAGAACCUAG